GUACCAUAAUCGUUUGGCUUCAUUAUUCUCUAUCGAGUAUAGCAGUAACGGUGUGUGUUGGCAGUUAUAUACAACUUUAAAAAAAUGGUGCUAACGGCAAAAACUCUUCUCGUAAGAUCGACAAUAGCCCAGGUAGCAGCAAGCUUGUUGGCCAACUGGGGGAUGUUGAAUACAGGGAUGGCUAUGGGAUUUCCUUCCGUGGUGGUGCCGCCACUUGUGGGUUCCGGCCCCGGACUACAUACUUCUUUUAAGGAAGCUUCCUGGAUAGCAAGCAUUUCCUACAUAUCCGCCCUGAUAUCAUCCCUGCUGGCAGGGCCGAUGAUCGACCGGGUCGGCCGCCGCUGGGGACUGAUGCUGAUGAACUUGACGUUCGCUAUCAGCUGGCUGUUGCUUUCAGUCUUUCAUCUCUCAUUGCUGGCUACAUACUUUGGCAGGGUUUUAGCGGGAGUGGGAAUAGGUUUGGCUUGUGCCUCUGUCUCUUAUACGGCAGAGAUCGGUACUGUCUCCCUCCGGACAAUCCUAGUCAACUUCAACCCAACUCUGAAGGCACUCGGAACCUUCCUCAUCUAUCUUUGGGCGUGUUUUUAUCAGGACUCCUGGACCGAAGUUUCAUACCUCGGAUUGGGCUUGACAAUAUUACCGAUUUUGCUGACACCGCUUCUGCCAGAGAGCCCCUUGUGGCUGCAAAGUAAAGGCCGUGCUGAGGAAGCGCUGCAGGCUCUGCAGAAACUGCGAGGAGCCUCAGCCCCCGAGCAGGUCAAGGAGGAGCUGGACAGCUUCAGCAGCAGAGCGAGCGACAAGCAGCAGACAACAUCCUGGCUCUCCACCUUCCACAACCUGCGGCAGCCUCAGGCCUACAAACCACUGAUGUUCAUGUUCUCUUUCUCAAUCGUUUCACAGCUUUCCGGAGUGACCGUCGUCAUAAAUUAUGCGGUAAACUUUACACAAAAAGCCGGUUUAGGAGGUGAAGCAUAUUACGUAGCAUUGGCCAUAUCCUCCAUGCGUUUGGCCUCCACAUUCCUGACGACUUGGGGCUGCAGUAGGUGGGGUAUGAGGCCCCCAGCCUUGUUCUCCAGCGUGGUCAUGGUGGUAUCCCUGUUGAUGCUGGCACUGUCCGUGUCGUCUUUGCUGACUUUUCCCCCUUGGCUCGUCGGUUUCCUGGUCCUCCUGUAUGUCCUCACAAGCACCACAGGGUAUUCCUCCAUAUACUGGGCCGUGUUGGGGGAGUUGUUCCCCACAUCAGUACGAGGGGCCGCUAAUGGAAUAGUGACAAGUUUUGGAUAUUUUUUAAGUUUCCUUACUGUCAAUCUCUACACACGUUUGGAACGCAAUUUCAGUUCUCUUCAACUGUUUCUGUUCUUCGCUGUCUCAGGAUCGGCUGGCACGCUGCUUCUAUUCCUUUUCCUUCCGGAGACUCGUGGUAAAACGCUGUUGGAAAUAGAAGAUUACUUCAGAGGAACAACAGAAUCUGAUGUAAGCAGCAAGACCAACACGGAUACUGCCUCCAAGGAGAACUAAAUAAAAUAAACAUUAGUAUGUAGGUUAUCUGGAAAGGCGUCUUAUAUUUAUAAAACAUCUCAACAAGUGAUUGUAAAUUUUACAUGAGAUAAGAGACUGUAUUAAGUACAUUAAUUUACAUGUUUUGUUAGAACAUAGUAUUCCUAACGGUCUUAAACAUGUUUUCUAUAAAUUUACUAUCAGCCAUGACAUAUCUUUCGUGUGAAAAUGGGCGUCAGUCUGUAUGUAUAUACAGUUUAGUUAAAAAUGUAUACAUCAUAAACUAUUUGUUACUGCAGUAGGUACCCUUUCAUGAAUGAUACCUUGAUUUGUGCCUAAAUUAAUGCAAUAAUUUACUGAGAGUAUAAACAUUCAGGAUAAUGUGUCUAAAUGGAUAAAGGGUCAUGAUAAGUAAAUCAUACUAUGUAAAGGGUUGACCAGAAGUUGAUAUUUAUCCCGAAAUUUAUUUACGAUUUUAAAGUUCUGUGUUGUCAAUUUUUGUGAAAUUUGAAACCAAUAACACCUUUUUGUACAGCUGAAAAUGUUGAUAGAAUUUGUAUCACCAAAUCCAUAGUAGUUAUAAGACAAAAUAUGUAACAAAAUUAUAAUGUAUUAUUCUAAUCGGUUUUGAGUUAUUAUGAAGUUAUAAAACAUUGAAGUAAAUAUGAAUACUGUAACUGAACAGUUUCGCAGCUCGUAACGAAAAAAGCAAAAUUCAUAAAGACAGAAAAUAGCAAACGAGCAAAAAUAAAAUAUACUUUGCGCCA